UUGUUUGUAGUCUAAAUAUUUAGGUAAGUUUUUAGUUGGUUUAUAGUAAAGUAAACAAACAGAAACAUGAGCGAGCACUCACCGGCGGGCUGCUCCCCGGUGAGUGAGGAGAAACGUGGAGCUUCGGUCCAGCCGGAGAACGACGGCAGCACCGGAGGAGACUCCAACAUGUCCAAGAGGCAAAGGAAGAAGCUUCUGAAGCAGCAGAAAUGGGAGGAAGAGAGGGACAUGCGGAAGCAGAGAAGAAAGGAGAGGAAGCAGCAGCGUCAGCAGCAGAGGCAGAGUAACCGGGAGCAGGAGAGAGGACACGGGCCGAGGAAACGUCUUCGCAGAGAUGUGACGCCCAGCUCUCUGAGGCUGGUGGUGGACUGCAGCUUCGAUGACCUCAUGCUUAUUAAGGACAUCCGGAAGCUUUACAAGCAGAUCCAGCGUUGCUAUGCUGAGAACAGACGAGCCUCGCGCCCCGUCCAGUUUUAUCUAACCAGCCUGGGAGGACAACUGAAGCAGAACAUGGAUGAAAAGGAUAAGGGAUGGAUUAACUGGAAGGACAUCACCAUUAAAGCUGAGCACUACAGUGACGUUGUGGCCAAGGACGAGUUGGUGUACCUGACCUCGGACUCUCCCAACGUGCUGGAGGAGCUGGACCUAAAGAAGGCCUAUGUGAUCGGGGGGCUGGUGGACCACAACCACCACAAGGGAAUCACCUACGAGAGAGCGGCAGAGUUGGGGAUUGAGCAUGCCCAGCUUCCUCUCGGAAGUUUCGUUAAAAUGAACAGUCGCAAGGUUUUGGCCGUGAACCACGUGUUUGAGAUCAUCCUGGCGUAUUUGGAGAAGGGCAGCUGGCAGGAAGCCUUCUUCACCGUGCUGCCUCAGAGGAAAGGAGCGGUGGCCGUCCACCAGGUCGGGACUGCUCAGGAACGAGGGGAGGAAGGUUCCAGUUCUGACUCUGAUCCAGACACAGAGCCAGCGGGAAAAGGAGAUUAAAGCCUCUGACGAAGCAACGCUUCCACCUUCUGGGACAGAAUUAUAAGAGGAGGAAGAAUUUUUAUUUUUUAUCAAAAAGCAAAGAAGCUUUUCUUUGACCGCAGCAUAUUUGACGUUUUGCUUUAUAUUUAUUGAUCGGUUAAUCUUAUCAUUUGACCAUAUUUCAGUUUAGCUCUGAUUUUUGUAUUUAGACCCGAGCUCUGUAGACGUCAGACCGUCUCAUUCAGUUGGCCAAAGAAAACAAAGACGUUAAGUUGCAUGAAAACAUCAUUUUAUCUAGUUUGUUCCCAGAUGUUGUGACAUGUAGGACUCUUAGGACACGUCAUCAGGGGUUAAGGGAACCAGUGCCGGACAUGGUGAUGAGGCCAAAGCUGUGAUAACCCUGGAAAGACAGUUCUGACAUAUUUCAGGAAACAUAUUAGGAGUAUAAAAACGGGAACAGCGAUACGUAUGUAUAAAGAUCUAACAUGAUGUGUUCAUUUCCUGUAUAAAGUGGUAGAAACUC